GAAACGGGGGAUCGGCGGGUCCGAGGGAGAGGAAGGCGGUUCAGAGAGGGGAAAGUAAAAGGGGAGAUUGCUGGCCGAAAGCCAAGUGAAGGGGGAGACUGGAAACUGCCGGCGGCCGCGAAGGGCUCCUGGAAACCGCCCGCCCCGGGGAAAGCGACGCGGCCGGCUCCUUCCAGGCACGGUGGACUACAUCUUCCCUAAUCCGCGGCCAGCCCCCUGCUGCUGAGGGUAGCCCGGGUGCCAAAGGGCCGCUGCGCCCUCCCGCCCGCCAUGGCCGGCGCGCUCCCCCGAGAGAGCCUCCCUUGCGCGGCGCCCACCCCGCUGCCGCCGCCGCCGCCGCCGCCUUGCUGGAGCCCGGAGCCCGCGGUGGUGCUCACGCCGGAGCGGAGCGGCUCGGGGAGGCCGGGCGGCGGCAUCCUCCGGCGGGAGCAGCAGGAGAGGCCUGCCCGCAGACGCGUCCGCUUCAGGAUCGGUUCCAGGUGCGAGGAGCUGAAAGAGGAGCUCCCAGGGGUCGGCCUGCCCGGGCCAGCGGAGGAGCCCCGGGGCGUCGCUGGGAUGGUGAGGAGAGCACCCUGGGGGAGCCCUGCAGAAAACGGGCCCCCUCCUGCCCUCAACGCACUGGGCACUCCGGUCCCGCACGGCAGCCUAGCCCUGGGAGCAGAGGUCCAGGCUGCGCGGGAGCAGGCCUUCGAUGCCCGGCAGGCGGCAGAGGACCUGAUCCAGCACUCUUUCGUGGCACGGUGCGCGGUGGAAGCUCACGUCGGCGAGGGUCUGAACAUUCCCCGGGACCAGCAGCUCUACCAGGGCCUCAUAAGCCUGCAGGUGCCAGCAGAUGAGUUGCUAAGCUCCGCUGUGCAGGAGAAACUUGCGCUUGUCCAGCACCACCCUGGAGGCAGGAAGGAAGUGGCUGGCACAGGGCCUGACCUGAUGGCGUUUUACAGGCCAGAGCAGCUGUUCACAGAGACCCCAUUCCUGGAAGUGGAGGGGCUACCACCCCUGAAGCUUCAGGCACAGAGGCGGGACCCGGCCACCACGUUCCUGAUGUACCGGAAGCUGCAGCAGUGGGCAAGUUAAGGAUGGGUGGACACUGCGCACCGGGUCCUCUCGCUGGCCCAUCUUCUAGAGACACGGACUUGGGCCCCCUCGCCGGUGGCUGUUUAUUCAGAAGCAUCCUUCAACACCCCCCCCCCCAUUUUAUACAUAAACUAUAACUGCCACUG